AGUAUAUUUGAAUAAUAUUUACAUUGACUAAAUAAAGUCGAAAACCUGUUCGACCUGGAGAGUCGAAUGCAAAUAUUGAACUACAAUUUACAUGAAGAGACGGUGAUCCCGUCUGCUUCCUGGAUUUCUUUGCGAUGCAGCAUACCGCCACCUUGCGGUUGGUCCGUCGAAGUGGCGUUGGUGCUGCUGAAAACUGAGAGCCAGACGAGCUGCAGCGGCGCACGAGCGGGGUUGCUCCGUCCAUUCAAGACGGUCGAGCAGAGAUGAGGGUCGACACAGGCUCCAGCCCAACAGACCAGCAUGGCUCUUCGAAACCCCCGCUGAGCUCCUCUGCCUUGACAUCGCGCAUCCUGCUGCGGCAACAGCUGAUGAAAGAGCAGCUCCAGGAGCAAGAGCGGCGAGAGCAGCAGAGACAGCAGGCCUCUCCGUACCCUCAAACCACCGCCGCUCAGACCCCUGCCAUUAAUGUCUCUGUCCCAGCCAGCACCCCGCCCGCCGCUCAGGUGCCAAUGGAGGUGCUGAAGGUCCAGACCCACCUGGAGAAUCCGACCAAGUACCACAUCCAGAGGUCUCAGCAGCAGCAGGUGAAGCGUUACCUGGGGAAGCUUGGCUCUCAGGUGUUGAGCUUGCCCUGCCCCAGCCAGUCCUCUGACCACGGGGGCAUGCCGCCAGGGCCGGGCAACAGCGCCCCCAACAGCCCUAUGGCCUUACUGACCCUCAACUCUAACUGCGAGAAAGAGAUGGACGAUGUCAUUGACGACAUUAUCAGUCUGGAGUCCAGUUACAGCGACGACAUCCUCGGCCUGAUGGACCCAGCUCUUCAGAUGGCGAACACGAUGUCUGCUAACCUGAUGGACAUGUAUGGAACCCAGGGGAUGUCCCAGCAGGGCGUCCCCAUCAGCAACUCCUGCCCGGCCAACCUCCCCAACAUCAAAAGGGAAUACUCAGUGCCACAGUCCCCGGCCAUCAUGCACAUGCUGGAUAAAUCCGGAUCCUGCGGGAAAUUCGACAGCUAUCAACGGCCUGAAGGCUUCCCAGUCGAAGCAGAAGUGAGAGCCCUGGCAAAGGAGAGGCAGAAGAAAGACAACCACAAUCUGAUCGAGAGAAGACGGCGGUUCAACAUCAACGAUCGCAUCAAAGAACUGGGAACUCUGAUUCCGAAGUCCAACGACCCGGACAUGCGCUGGAACAAGGGCACCAUCCUGAAAGCGUCGGUGGAUUACAUCAGGAAGCUGCAGCGGGAGCAGCAACGGGCCAAAGAGCUGGAGAGUCGCCAGAAGAAGCUGGAGCACGCCAACCGACACCUGAUGCUGAGGAUACAGGAGCUGGAGAUGCAGGCCCGUGCGCACGGUCUGGUCAUCGCAUCGUCGGCGCUGUGCUCCACCGAACUGGCGGCGCGGAGCAUCAAGCAGGAGCCGGCUCUGGAGGACUGCCACCAGGACCUCUACUCGCUCCACGCCCACCACCAACACCACUGCACUUCAGACGCAGCUGCCAGCUCCCUGGAGCUCGCCGACCACCAGAACUUCUCAGACGGCCACUACAGCGUCCACCCCAAGGCCGGCAAACUCAACGACAUCCUCAUGGAGGACAACUUGUCCCCUGUCAGAGGGGGGGACCCCCUGCUCUCCUCUGUCUCGCCAAACACCUCAAAAGACAGCAGUCGCAAAAGCAGCGUCAGCAUGGAUGAAAACGAGCAGGGCUGUUAGCACCCCCUGCUGGACUCUCUCUCCUCCUGCAAGUGCCCCAGUUGUUCUGCUGUUUUGUGUUUACAUGUGAUGAACGGUUUUUUUUUUAUGUAUAUAUUUAUCCGCCUUUAUCGCAAGGUUUGAUUUUUAAAGUCCAAUCAUUUAAAAAAAAGAGACACUGACAUCAUUUGUUCACGGUGAAAAGCCAGAUUUCUACUACUGAUUCCAAAGACUCUGGGAAAAUUGCAUUCAGUGACCGUGCUCAAUCAUUAGCCACAGAAUCUAUUUAUAACUGUAGUUCUUUACACUGGUGGGUGUGCAGAUGCCUUAUGGAGGUUGGUGUUCUUCUGCUAUGCACAUGUUGAUUUCUGUCCGUCGUUUCUACUCUAUUUAUGUCUGUUUAUAACGUCAUCCUGGAUAAAUAAUUUAUUAUAAAGAGCCCAAGAAGUACAACUCAAGAGUGCCAUCUAUCAUCAUUUAAGUUAAGAUAUAAAUAUAUAUAUAUGUAUUCGUCAUAUUCACUCAUCUCAUUUCUUCUAGAUGUGCCUGCGAAGACCAAAACAUAGAAGCAAUAUUUAAAUAGACUCUUAAAUCAAGUGUGAAAAUCACCUCUUUAAUGAUGAAUCAAUAAAUAAUAUGUAUUUGAAAAACCUCCGAUGUUACCUGAAACGUGUUUAAUUUCAAGUGGUGGGUUUUGAUCCCACUUGUUUUGUUAUGAAGGAGUAUAAGGAGACAGGGUUCAAAUGAGGACGAAAACAUGGCUUUUGUACUGUUGUAUUAGUCGUGGAAAGUACUUUUGUGGUGCGACACUCUCAGUAUUUAAAUUGGAAAUAACCUGAGCGAGAACUUUUUCACUUUUGCCUUUAGUUAUAAUACUGCUGCAAGUGUGUAAUGCACCGUCAGCGCGACAGUUGUGCCUGCAGAGAAAUCGCGGUGUCUCAUUUAUUUAACGUUGUCAGUGCCUUACUGUCCGCUCUGUUCGCCUGCUGCUGUAGCUAACACUAAUUCUGCUUCCUGGAUUAGAACAAAUGAUUCGAAAGCUAUAAGAACUGAAUAAUUUUUAUUUAUUAAUAGCACCACUCCUGCAUAUUGUUUUAUUUAUUUAGGUUUUUUUUAUGGUAAAUGAAACCAGUGCUCUCUACUGUCCAUGUGCCUGAAUGUAAUUCACUGAGAAAAGCCAAAUCGUAAAUGCCAAGCAAUUGUAAAUAUCAGGGGAAAGCUCUCAACUGAUGUGCCUUUCUGUCGGUGAUGAAGUGUGGGGAAAAUGAAAUGAACAAAUGAUUGCGCUAGUAAGAUGAUUUUGUGCCCGAGAAUUGAACUUCCCCUGAACAAAAACAAGGUUUCAGAAUGCGGUAUGUGUUUAAUCUGUCAUUUAAGUACGAGUAGAGUUUAAUGGCGGCAGAUGUUACGAGUCUACUAGGCACUGUUGUGUAGGUUGUUUUCAUUCCUGUGGUUCUCACCUGAGAUGAAUGUAGCAAUAGUGACUGUACACAGAUUGUUGGUGAAAAACAUUAAACGUUGUA